GUGGGAGAUCAGAUGAAGUUGCUGCAUAACUGCUGGAGUGAGCUGCUUGUGCUGGACUACAUCGCCAGACAGUUGCAUCAUGGGAAAGAGGACAGUGUGCUUCUCAUUACUGGACAGGAGGUUGAGCUUGCGUCUUUACUGGCCCAGGCAGGGGUCACUCUGAGCGGGAUGAUACAGAGAGGUCAGGAGCUGGUGCACCGUCUACAGGAGCUUCAGCUGGACCGCAGAGAAACCGCCUGCCUCAAAUACCUCAUCCUCUUCAACCCUG